UUGGCAAUGAAUCUAUUUCAAAUGAGCAUACAGACGAUGAAUCAAUAGUUCCUGAUGAUUCUGUUAAGGAGAGCGAAAUGUCGGUCAUUUUUCGAGGGAUCUUGGAGCAGCAAAUGGCAAUGAAUGAGAAGUUGGACAAACAAAAAGAGGAGAAUGAUCGUAUGCGCGAUACUUUGGGAGGCCUGUCUAAAUCAGUGGUGGCUAUUGAACAGCGCCUCAAACAGUUUGAGGAAAAGAACAAUACAAGUGUGAAGCGGAGUCGCAAAGCUAAAGUACCUGCUGAUAUAAAGAGCACUGUCAGAACAAUAAUUAAGCAAAAAGAAGACCAAGACGGUUUGGAAACAUUCGACGUGGAAGAAAGAGCAGACUCCCCAACGAAUCAGAUGAAGAUUAAGAGUCUCGCAAGAGAGGUUUAUCUCGCAGAAAAAAACUUGGGAAAAAAGACUUCUUUUGAGACGGCAAAAGGUUUGUGUAUGCAGUUUUUUAUACCAUGCAUGCAAUAAUUGGGAACCAGGAAAGACAGCAGAUUAGCUAGAUAUUUCAUUAAUACGUGUGCUUCUCCUCUACCCAGCUCUUUACAAGGUGACCAUUACAUGAUGUAUAUAUUAAGUAUUUCAAUUUGAUAAGCGCGAACGUAAAUAUCUGCACUUCUCUAUAGGAUAACUAAAUUGUUAUGGAAAAUCUGGCUCGUGUCCUGAUGUUUAGUGUGAAUGCACAGGUUGACCAUUACAUGAUGUAUAUAUUAAGUAUUUCAAUUUGAUAAGCGCGAACGUAUAUAUCUGCACUUCUCUAUAGGAUAACUAAAUUGUUAUGGAAAAUCUGGCUCGUGUCCUGAUGUUUAGUGUGAAUGCACACAGGUUGA